AUGGGUACUUUACCUACUAAAGUUGCUCAUAACUCCCAAGAAUUUUUAAUCCAAAAAAUCCAAAUUCAAAGAAAGAAAAUUGUAAAUCAAAAUCGUAUUAUACAUACCUUACAAGCUCAGCUUCAAAAAAUAGUGGAUGAAAAAGGAGAAAAAGUAUCGGAGGAAUUGGAUCAAAUUGCUCAAAAAGUAGUCAAUGAGGCUAUUUCCAUUUAUAGUCGGGCAGGUCAUUCUGCUUAUGAAACAAUGAAAAGUAUUAUGCGAUUACCUUCGAUAUCUACAAUAAAAAGCUAUAUGAAUGAAAAUCAACAACAUUCAGAAUGGCAAAAUAAAACCGCUUACCAUAUUUUAAAAAAAAUGGCAAUAGAAAAUAUUAAUAAUGAUGGACAAAUUGGAUUCUUUUCUCAUGAUUCCUUUAAAAUACAAAAGGGUUA